AGGGGCCCCUCUCCGUUCUUGACUAGCGUAGAAUGCUAUUGCAACGGCAAGCUCAUUACUCUCGUCCAGGGGGAUGGUCUCAUCAUAGCGACUCCAACUGGCUCCACUGCCUACAAUCAGGCCGCUGGUGGCGCCAUGGUGCAUCCUGGAGUUCCCUGCAUCCUCUUCACGCCUUUGAAUCCUCAUUCGUUGUCGUUCCGUCCGAUCAUCUUGCCCAGCAACAGCGUCCUCAAGCUGCAGCUCACGGCUGUCGCUCGCGCUCCUGCUUGGGUAUCAUUCGAUGGCCGACAGCGGCAACCAUUGAAC